UGGGGACGUCAGCAACCUCUCUCACUCACACUCACUCACACAAGUGGAAAUAAAAGUAGCCUGCUCCACUACACUACACUACAUUACAUACACCUUGAGGGUGCGCAUGGAAGCGUGGAACUUUUUACGCACGGAAUUUACGCACUUUUUUUUUAACCCUUUUCCCUCAAUUUACUUUUAAUUAUUAUAAUUCAAGAACAUUUUCCGUUAUGUUAUCCACGCACCUGCUCGUGUUGGUGUUCAACUGUUUUCUCGCUGUGGCGUCCGUGAGGAUGGCGCGCCGGAGCGCGCAGGACACAAUCUUUCCGCAGUCCUCCUCCUCGGGUGACGUGGAUCGGGACGUGGUUUUCGAGUAUAUGUCCAAACUGUAUGAGGGAUUCAAGAGCGAGGAGCGCACCAAAGAAGAGGGAAACACGGUCAGGAGCUUCAGAGCAAGCCAAGUGCCCUCUGACCUCCGAACAGUGUACCACCUGAACCUUACAACCCUCCAGGACUCCGAGGUCAUCCUCUCAGCCUCAAUCCACUUCCUGUUAAGGCGGCUCCCUGCUCCAAAUGCAUGGAUGUGUAAACGCUUCAAGAGCCCAUCCUGCCGUAUGUCCGCCACGCACUCAUCUCCAUCCGUCACCCUGCUCCUUCGUGCUACCCCCUCGGGGUCGGGGGUCAGUUCUGAGUCAACGGGGUCAUUCCUAGGCAAUGUGACCUUCCAUCCUCACAGGAGAGGGGUGUGGCAGAUGAAAGAUGUGACCCAGGUCAUAAAGGAGGCGCGGGACAAGGGUCACCUCCUGGUGUCAGUGGAAUUGGACUUAGGGCGGCAUUACCAGAGAAAGACAGAACAACCAGUCCAAGCCUACUUGGUCGUCUUUGCAGAUGACCAAGCCUUGGCAGAGCCUAACAGCGUAGCCCCAAGUCUUCAGCGCUAUGACCCGGUCUCAGACGGUCUAGAACCCUCACACCCUCCUCAAAUCCUGCAUGGACCCAAUUUCUUACCCGACUUAAAAGGACGUGUGAGGCGGGAAGCGACUUCCAUUGAGAACAAUGAACUACCCGAGGUAGACGACGGGUUUGAUGGAUACAGGAAAGACCUUUGGGAGAGCUCAUGGUAUCCGGCAAGCAAACCCAAAAUGAAAGCCGGAAAACAGGAAAAGAGAAGAAAGAACCAGGAAGAAGAAGUCCAGCAAAAAAGAAACGGGCAUAACAGAGAAGAAUCAACCAAAAAAACAUCUCAAAGCUCAAUGACGAGAAGACACAAAGAGAGACGAACCCAAGUCGUGGAAAGUCGAAGGCAUGAUGGGAAGGAUGGCGGGAAGCACAGCAAGGGAGGGGGUCAUCUUUUAAGUUUCGAUGAACAAACCAUGCGUAAGGCCAGAAGAAGGCAGUGGGGAGACACCCGCCACCAAGGAUGCUCCAGGAGGAACCUCAGAGUGGAUUUUGCAGACAUCGGCUGGAGCGAGUGGGUCAUCGAACCCAAGGCCUUUGAUGCUUACUACUGCUCGGGCACAUGUGGAUUCCCCAUGCCCAAGGUGGUGAGGCCUUCAAACCAUGCCACCAUACAAAGCAUAGUCCGAGCUGUUGGGAUCAUGUCCGGAGUUCCGGAGCCAUGUUGCGUACCGGAGAAGAUGACUUCUCUGGCUGUGCUCUACCAAGAAGAAUCCAAGGAUCUAGUACUCAAGAUUUACCCUAAUAUGUCUGUUCAGUCCUGUUCCUGCAGAUAAUGGACUCCAACACAGAAGAUGGACGACAGAACAGGACUAAGACUUACCUCUGGUACAGGUUUUUGGGGAUUUGACAUAAAAGUCCCUUUCGCAGUGUUAAACCUACAGGAACAACGGCUGUACGCCAUUCAGAGACUUUUCAAAGACUGUCACGGUUUUUGUGUUCACGUUUUCUGUGGAGACAAAGCUAAAACUUAUUUCUAUAUUGAUACUUUGUACAUACUUUUAUGGCGUACUGCAUCUUCAAGCUCGUAUUCACAUAGUUAUUUGCCGUAAGGACUGAAAAAGCAUUACGCAAUGCUCUGGAACUGUACAAUUCUGUCAAACCAUAUGUUUUAUUAUUAAGAAAUAUUUGUUCAAUAACUACCGUAUUUUCUGGACUAUAAGUCACACCGGAGUACUGGGCCGCACUGGGCCAAAAAAUGAGAAGAAAAAAGCAGAAAAAAAAUGAGCAGAAAAAAACAUACAUAAGUCGCACCGGAGUCUAAGUCGCAUCGGGCCAAUAAUGCAUAAUUAGGUAGAAAAAAACAUACAUAAGUCGCACUGGGCUAAAAAUGCAUAAUUAGGUAGAAAAAAACCCAUACAUAAGUCGCUCCAGAGUAAAAGUUGCACAAGGCCAAAAAUGCCUAAUUAGGUAGAAAAAAACAUACAUAAGUACCAUUGUAAUAUAAGUUGCACCGGGCCAAAAAUGCAUAAUUAGGCAGGAAAAAAACAUACAUAGGUCACUACGGAGUAUAAGUCACACAAGGCCAAAAAUGCAUAAUCAGACAGAAAAAAACAUACAUAAGUCGCACUGGAGUACAAGUCGCACCGGGCCAAAAAUGCAUAAUUAGGUAGAAAAAAACAUACAUAAGUCGCACCGAAGUACAAGUCGCACAAGGCCAAAAAUGCAUAAUUAGGUAGAAAAAAACAUACAUAAGUCGCACUGGAGUAUAAGUCGCACAAGGCCAAAAAUGCACAAUUAGGUAGGAAAAAACAUACAUAAGUGGCUCCGGAGUAGAAGUCGCACAAGUCCAAAAAUGCACAAUUAGGUAGAAAAAAACAUACAUAAGUCGCACUGGAGUAAAGUUGCACAAGGCCAAAAAUGCAUAAUUAGGUAGAAAAAAUAUAUACAUAAGUCACUCCAAAGUAUAAGUCGCACAAGGCCAAAAAUGCAUAAUUAGGUAGAAAAAAAACAUACAUAAGUCGCACUGGAGUAUAAGUCGCAGGAACUGCCAACCUAUGAAAAAAAGUGCGACUUAUAGUCCGGAAAAUACGGUAUGUUGUACUGUCAUUAGAUGUUUUGUACUUGUAUGUGUGUUGCUUAAAUUAUGAAAAAGGUAGUUGUGUAUAAGUUGAAGUAAAAAAAAAAGUAAUUUAAUCCAAAUACUUUUGUUUUACAGCGUCUGUUAUUCUUUUAUUGUUGGUACAUUUUCAUAUACUGGGUUCAUGUUAUUUUGGUCAGAGUACUACAAAGGCAGGAAGAUUCCACUCAAAGAUAGAAGAACCCCUACGCUACACCCCACACCAAAGGCUACAACGUCUGUUGUCCGGCACGUCAUGUGACUGAUGUGACCGCAGUGGAUUAACGGUUGAUGGCGUGCGCUAAUUAAGACGUCAGCCACUUAAACUUCAAAACGUGGAGCACUUCCUCUUUUCAAGUCACCACACUCUAAAUACAGGAUGUUCUCCUCAAGGGACUGCAGAUCCUGCAAAUCUUGAGUUUUGUGUUUUGUAAGCAGGAGCCUUGCUGUCUGAAACUGUCAAUGAAAGAAACGAGGACACCUCUUAAUUGUUGAGCUAUUAGGACUGCGGUCGCGUUGCCGUCGGUGCACAAAAGUUGGCACCGAGUUCCACAUCUGUUUGCAACAACGGAGGGCUUUGAACUUGGCCUCUGACGACACCGGACCGUCAUUUUGUCUCGAAAAAGACAUCUCGUAAGAACUUCCGGUUUCAUUCAUUCAUUUUCUACCGCUGUCUUUGGGCGAGAGGCGGGGUACACCCUGGACUGGUGGCCAGCCAAUCACAGGGCACAUAUAGACAAACAACCAUUCACACUCAC